GAUGUCCUUCCCCUCGCUUGAACGUACGCGGGCGGAGUUACACGUUCAUAAGUGAGGCGGUCACAACGGAAGCAUCUCACGCGCACAACGUCUUCUUCCGCCGCGGUCUUUUUGCGCUGCACAGAGUAGAGCCGUGUAAUUAUCGCCGGCAGGAACAUGUCAUCGUGCGGGCUGUGGAAAGAGAGCCUGGCCGUCGCCGAGGACUACAUAGGCCUAUGCUGCGCAGCGGAAGCGGGAGCGGCCCCGCCCCCUCCCAGCGAGGCGGCCGCCGUCAUGAGGCGCCUGGGCCGCCACGCCGAGUCGCUCAACGAGGCUUCCCUCCGGAGCCUGGCCCAGAACUUCAUCAGGGAGUGCGGGCCGGACGUAUGCUCCGGCCUCAGGAGGGUCAUGGAGGAGAUGGUGAACGACGGACUCUUGAACUGGGGGAGGGUGGUGUCCCUCUUCGCCUUCACGGGGGUGCUGGCCAGGAUGCUGCGGGGGCACCGUGAGCAGGAGCAGACAAGCGCCACCGCCACUAAGUCGGGGCUGGACCUCGACGAGUGGCCCCAAACUCGAAGGAAGCUGGCAGAGACCAUCGCUGACUUUCUCGAAGAGGAGAAGAAGGAGUGGAUGCUGGAGAACAAUGGCUGGGAGGGUUUCUGCAAGUCGUGCAGCGGCUGGCAGUCCAUUCAGGACGUGUCGAUGAAGACGGCGCUGCUGGCCGCGGCCGGCGUGGGUCUCGCCGGACUCACCUUCCUGCUGGGCCGCUAAAAGCGGUCCGGUCCGUACCACGGAUGCCGCGCAAUCGGGCGGUCGAAUGUUUCCGCGCACACACACACACACACACACAUACAAACACACACACUGGCGUCGUUCUGUUGCUCCACGUGAUUGCCCAAAUGUUCCGGAUGCCUUCUUCACGCACGUUGGAGCCCAGUGACUGUGAAACACUUUGCUUAGUCUAGACUGCCUUGUCUCUGCUACAACGUGUAAAUUAAUAUAUUAUAUUUAUAUCAAAUGAAGCCCUUUUUUUCUAGACUGACGUGCAUUCUUUUGGCUUGUUUCUGCUUGUGUGCGAUGUGUGUGUGUGUGUGUGUGUGUGUGUUGGGCCCAGUUAGCAGAGCUGGCCCGGCCAUUAAUGACGGUGCUAAUUGUUUGUGAAAUCUUACCUUUAUUUUAAAUGUUUUUUUUUUUUUUACGCCAGGGACCAAAUCUUUUGAAUCUUUUGGGGAAUUUCAGAACAAGUACCCAACAACCUAUUUUUACAUUGUUUUGGUUGUAUUUAUUUGUCAGUUUUUGUAAUAAAAAGUCAACUUCCAACUUUC